AAAUUAUCGAAAAUCUCACGUGAGUUGAAAACGAUUUAAAUGGAGACGAUGGACGACGACGAAUUGGAAGAAGAAGUGUUCCUGGCAAGUACCGAGGCUGGUUUGAUCCGUCGAUCCCCAAAUGGUCCACUCUCGCCUAUCCUGCUGCUGGAUUCACCGAAUGACUCACCCGUCGGUACACCAGACUCAGGCAUCCUCACUGCAAGUGAUGUGCCAGAUGUUCUGCAAACAUCUACAAAUGCAUGCAGCCAGCCCAUCGAAACACCAAAGCCUUCACAAGACCAGCAGCGGAAGCGAAGAAGAAAGAAAAAACGAACAGGAUCUAGUUUGGCUUGCAGUGAUUUUUCGGACUUGUACAGGUUAACAGAAGAGAUACUUGGUGAAGGUGCAUAUGCAUCUGUAAGAACUUGUAUUAAUGUUUAUACCGAGAAAGAAUAUGCUGUAAAGAUAAUUGAAAAAGAACCAGGUCAUAGCCGAUCAAGAGUAUUUCGUGAAGUAGAGACAUUCCAUCAUUGUCAAGGUCACCAGAACAUUAUUCAACUGAUAGAAUUUUUUGAAGAACAAGACAGGUUUUACUUGGUGUUUGAGAAGGUCAAUGGAGGCCCAUUAUUAGCACACAUUCAAAAGAGAGUCCAUUUUACUGAAAAUGAAGCAAGUACUAUUAUUAGAGAUAUUGCCACUGCAUUAAAAUUUUUACAUCAUAAAGGAAUUGCACAUCGUGAUUUAAAACCAGAAAACAUUCUUUGCUUUAGUGAAAAUCAGGUCUGUCCUGUAAAAAUUUGUGAUUUUGAUUUGGGCAGUGGUAUAGUAUUCAACAGCACAACUCCUGUCAGUACACCAGAAUUACAAACACCUGUGGGAUCAGCAGAAUUUAUGGCACCAGAAGUGGUAGAAGCAUUUAUUGGAGAAGCAACCACCUAUGAUAAACGUUGUGAUUUAUGGAGUUUAGGGGUAAUUAUGUACAUAUUGCUUUGUGGAUAUCCCCCAUUUUAUGGUCGAUGUGGAAGCGAUUGUGGAUGGGAGAGGGGAGAAUUUUGUCAGUCCUGUCAGGACAUGUUGUUUACAUGUAUACAAGAUGGUGCAUACUAUUUUCCUGAAAGAGAAUGGGCAUACAUUUCUGAAGAAGCAAAAGAUUUAAUAAGACAUCUACUAGUGAAAGAUGCCAGCCAGAGAUAUACAGCAGAAAUGGUUCUCAAUCAUCCAUGGAUUUCACAUGGUGGUCCAACCACACGUCUGGAAACGCCCAGCAUCAUACGCAGAAACAACAGUGCCAAAGAUUUGGCAGCUUUUGCAGAAAGUGCCAAUGCUAUGAAACGUCUUGUUUUACGUCACUUAGCAUACAGCAUGGAAUUAAGACCCCACCGUGUCGAAGAAGAAGAUCUGUUACUUCCUGGUACUCCCACACCUCCAUCAUGCAGUCCAUCCCCAAUAUUUGGGCUUUCCCCUCCAAGCGAAUCCAAAAUUGCUCAACGUCGACUCCGCAGUUUGAGCCUCAGAAAAGCCUCUGAACCAGUAACGCUUUUGGGGUAAUUUUCAUAAACCUCAAAUUAAAAACAAAAAAAAAAAAAGUGCAAGAAUAUUUAGUUGUUGGCAGGGAAUUUCUGGUGCAAAUUAUUGUACAGUUGUUUUCCUGUACAAAUUACUGCGCAGUUGUUUAAAACAGUACAAAAAAAAUGUGGCACAUAUAAGUUGUUUUUACAAUUAAAAUCGACAUUAAUACUAUUAUUAUUAAUAUUUAGAGUGAAAUUCCCUGUAACACAUUGACAAUAUUUGAAUCACUGUAAUACAUACGAAUGAUCAUAACAAGUAAUCUGCACUUUAAUUUAAAAGAAAAAAUAUAUAUAUGUAUAUUUAAACCUUUUCUUGUCUAUUUCAUAACAAAAAAAAAAAAAGUGGUUGAGGUUGUGUUAAAGUAUGUUUUAGUGUUCUGAAAUGAAUGUAUUUCAGCAAGAAUAUAUAAUCCGUAGCAUUUCAAAGUAGAUCUUAACGAUUUGGAAAUCAAUCAUUGUACUUAAAGUGCCAGUAAUUGUUUAAUGUGUACAGAGUGUGAAAUGCAUCCUCAACUUGGUUUUAACAAGUUGGCAUUCUGUAGUAAUGUUUUUCACCCGGUUCUAAGGGUGAUGUUUUAUACAGAAUAGUUGAAAGUUCCUGAUUGCAGGCCUUCUCUCCUGCCACUUAGAAAUAUAAAACAACAAAUGAAAUGCUCAUUACAGUUUGGACCUCAGGGAAAAUAAUUCCAAUCUCUCUGCACAAACAAUAGCUGUCUAGCUCUCGCUUGAGGUCCAGAAAACAUUUUUAUUGUUUUGCACUAAAUGGUACAAUGCCACAAGGCACAAACAAGUAAGAUGUGGUAUUCGAUCAGUUUCUACAUUUUAAAACAAAUUACCCAUCUAGGCAUAAUAGUUUUCCACAAGAUUGGUUUUCAGUACUGAAAAACGAAUGAAAAGUUGAAAUAUGGUUCUGAUUUAAUUAGAUCAAAUUAUAUCUUUUAGAGAAUGUAGUUCAAAAUAGACAUAAUUAAGGAAAAAUGUCCACGUACUUUUAUGUAUCUAAUACAAAAUGUUCUUCAUCUUGUAUAUUUUUUGUUUUUAUGCAUUACCGUUUUUAAAUUCCUGCCACAAAAUAUAACUUAUCAAGUUUGAUAAUAUUAAUAAUAAUAAAAAUAAUAAUAAUUAAUAAUUCACUGAAAACAAAAAUUCCUGUUUUAAAAAUUAACUUUUGAGUUAACUUUUCUGGAAUGUACUUUACCAAUUGUAAAACUUUAAUAUUGAUCUUACUCAUCAAAUAAAACAUGUCUUGAAUUUAUAUACAUAUAAAUUAUAUAUAAAUAUAUAAUAUAUAUGAAUGACUUGAUGGUGUUUUGAUAAAAUACCAAUAUAUUGUUCUGGUUUACAAGAGCCUACCAAAUGGGAAAAAAUAAGAUGAGUUGUACGGUUAAAGAGAGAAAUAAAAAAAAACAUGCCACAUCA